CGGGAGCGCGGGGCGUCCGGGCACCGGCGAGCGCCGGCUGGCGUCCGCGUACCGGCUUCCAGGCGGCCGUCCAGCCCGCGCCCGGGGCGGUCCCUAGCGAGAAAGAGUUAAAUGAGUGGCAUUUCCUGCCGGACCUGCGGGUCCUGGGAACCGCUGGCCGCUGGAGUCUCCGCAGGGCCGCGACCGGGCAGGGGGCCGAGGUCCUGGAGCCCCUCUUCCGCCGUGGCGGGAGCGCGCGGAGGCGACGACUGCGGAGGAUCCCAGAGCCUGUGUGCUCACGGGGCGGUUGGAAGGGCGGGACUCAGGGGCCGCUGGCCGGCAGGAAAGUUCCUGGAUCCGGGAAAGUUGCUGGCCGAAGUCCCGCUCUCCUCCUGCCGGCCGCCGCCUGCUGGGUGACCUUGGGCCUGCGAGACCCGUCUCCGAGCCUCAGUUUCCUCAGCAACAGGGACAGGUCAGAGAUUCCUUGGACCAUGAACUUCCAGGAGGCGUGGAUUUCCAGGACGCGGGGGAACGUGCUGGCCAAAGCCCUCUAUGACAACGUGGCCGAGUCCCCAGAUGAGCUCUCCUUCCGCAAGGGCGACAUCAUGACCGUGCUGGAGCGGGACACACAGGGCCUGGAUGGCUGGUGGCUCUGCUCACUGCAUGGGCGCCAAGGCAUUGUGCCCGGAAACCGCCUUAAGAUCCUGGUGGGCAUGCAUGACAAGAAGCCAGCAGGACCCGGACCUGGCCCACCUGCCACUGCGGCCCAACCCCAGCCUGGCCUCCACACCCCGGCUGCCCAGUACGCGCCCAUGCUUCCUGCCACAUACCAGCCCACCGAUAGCGUCUACCUGGUGCCCACCCCCAGCAAGACUCAGCAAGGCCUCUACCAAGCGCCUGGGCCCAGCCCACAGUUCCAGUCUCCCCCAGCGAAGCAGACAUCGACAUUCUCAAAGCAAAUGCCCCAUCACCCUUUUCCCAGCCCAGCCCCAGACCUUUACCAGGUACCCCCAGGGCCUGGCAGCCCCGCCCAGGACAUUUACCAGGUGCCACCUGCUGCUGGGAUAGGGCAUGACAUCUACCAGGUUCCCCCAUCUAUGGACACGCGCAGCUGGGAGGGAACGAAGCCACCAGCAAAGGUAGUGGUGCCCACCCCGUGUGGCCAGGGCUAUGUGUUUGAGGCCUCCCAGCCAGAGCAGGACGAGUAUGACAUCCCCCGCCACCUGCUGGCCCCGGGGCCCCAGGACAUCUACGAUGUGCCCCCUACUCGGGGGCUGCUGCCCAGCCAGUAUGGCCAAGAGGUCUACGACACGCCACCCAUGGCUGUCAAGGGUCCUAAUGGCCGGGACCCAUCACUGGAUGUAUACGAUGUGCCCCCCAGUGUGGAGAAAGGCCUGCCGCUGUCCACCCACCACGCGGUGUACGAUGUCCCUCCGUCCGUGAGCAAGGACAUGCCCGAUGACCCGCUGCUCCGUGAGGAGACCUACGACGUGCCCCCCGCCUUCGCCAAGGCCAAGCCCUUCGACCCGACCCGCCACCCGCUGGUCCUGGCUGCGCCGCCCCCGGACUCGCUGCCAGCUGAGGACGUGUAUGACGUGCCCCCGCCCGCUCCUGACCUCUACGACGUGCCCCCCGGCUUGCGGCGGCCCGGCCCCGGCCCCCUCUACGACGUGCCCCGCGAGCGGCUCCUCCCUGCCGAGGCGGCCGACGGCAGCGUGACCGACGACAGCGUGUACGCGGUGCCGCCGCCUGUGGAGCGAGAGCCCCCGAGAGGCCAGCGGCUGUCGGCCUCCAGCACCGGCAGCACGCCAGCAGCCAGUCGGCCUCUUCCCUGGAGGCCACCGGGCCGGGGCCGCGAGCCGCUGGAACUGGAGGUGGCAGUGGAGGCCCUGGCGCGGCUGCAGCAGGCCGUGAGCGCCACUGUCGCCCAGCUGCUGGACCUGGCGGGCAGCGCGGGCACCGGCGGGGGCUGGCGCUGUGCCCCCGAGGCCCAGGAGCCGCUGGGACAGGACCUGCGGGCUACAGUGGCCGCCGUGCAGGGCGCUGUCCACGAGCUGCUGGAGUUCGCCCCGCGGCGCCAUAGGCAUGCUGCGCACAACCCGAACCGCACGCUGCACGCUAAGCUUAGCCGGCAGCUGCAGAAGAUGGAGGACGUGUACCAGACGCUGGUGGCCCACGGGCAGGCCCUCGAGGGGGGCCGCGGAGGUGCGGGGACCACUCCCGAAGACGUGGACCGCCUGGUGGCCUGCUCGCGGGCUGUGCCCGAGGACGCCAAGCAGCUGGCCUCCUUCUUGCACGGCAACGCCUCACUGCUCUUCAGACGGACCAAGGCCCCCGGGGGGGGCCAGAGGGGGGGCGGCCCCCUGCACCCCAACCCCAUCGACAAGGCCAGCAGCAUCCAGUCCCGGCCUCUGCCCUCACCCCCUAAGUUCACCUCGCAGGACUCCCCAGAUGGGCAGUAUGAGAACAGUGAGGGGGGCUGGAUGGAGGAUUACGACUACGUCCACCUGCAGGGGAAGGAAGAGUUUGAGAAGACCCAGAAAGAGUUGCUGGAAAAGGGCAACAUCAUGCGGCAGGGGAAGGGCCAGCUGGAGCUUCAGCAGCUGAAGCAGUUCGAGCGGCUGGAGCAGGAGGUAUCCCGGCCCAUAGAGCACGACCUGGCCAACUGGACCCCGGCGCAGCCACUGGCCCCAGGGCGGACAGGCAGCCUGGGGCCCUCGGACCGGCAGCUGCUGCUCUUCUACCUGGAGCAGUGCGAGGCCAACCUGACCACCCUCACCAACGCGGUGGACGCCUUCUUCACUGCCGUGGCCACCAACCAGCCCCCCAAGAUCUUCGUGGCACACAGCAAGUUUGUCAUCCUCAGCGCCCACAAGCUGGUGUUCAUCGGGGACACACUGUCGCGGCAGGCCAAGGCGGCCGACGUGCGCAGCCAGGUGACCCACUACAGCAACCUACUGUGUGACCUUCUGCGUGGCAUCGUGGCCACAACCAAGGCCGCUGCCCUGCAGUACCCGUCCCCCGCCGCUGCCCAGGACAUGGUGGACAGGGUCAAGGAGCUGGGCCACAGCACCCAGCAGUUCCGCCGAGUCCUGGGCCAGCUGGCAGCAGCCUGAGAGCUGGUGACUGGAGGGAUGGGGGUUGGGAGGAGGGCACCUGCCCCGAGAGAGUUGCCAUGCUGCAGGCAUGGGGACAGGCACCCCAGCUCUGCCCGGGCCUGGUGCCCCAGACUGUCCAGGGAUUUGUACAUAUUUAUGACGGGGCAGGAUAUGGGACAGCAUUUCCUCAGCAGAGCCCAAGCAGAGCUGGGCCCCCGGGAGCCAAGGCUGAGGAGUAGGCUGGGGUCUUCUGCGUACACGGCGCCGGGGCCCAAAGACCCCUCGAUCCCCAUGGCCUCAGAGGACCCCUUGAGCUGAUCCUAGCCCCACAGGGGGGCCCUCUCCUUCGCCCCCCCCCACACCGCAAGCGCCACUGUACCAGGAGAAAAACUCUAAAACACUAUUUUUCAUUAUUGAUUUUCCAAUCAUUUGACUAAUAGUCUACAUUUAAAUAAAAUUUUAAAAAUGGAAA